ACGCUACCACAUGAUUGUACAUAUAAUAUGCUCAACGUACGUUUAUUAAGCUUAUGACAUAUUAUAAAAAACGAUAUUAAUUGUAUUAAACCUUUGUUUACGUGAAGAUUAUUGACCAAACAACCAAGCUUGGCUUAUCCUACAAAUAUAGUAAUCACAAUUGCACUUCAACCUCCUUCUCAAUCAAUACGCAACUACUCAGCUAGACAACUACCCUGUAUUAUAUAACACAUUUUGUAUUAUUUUAUGCCUCCUCGGGUUCAUUUUGAUACCAAGUAAUAUUCAAUUUUAUAAGAAAAAUACCUCGAACGUAACUGAUUGAGACCAUUGGUCCCAUGUUGAAAACUUAGACGGAGACUAAUAUACGAAAUGUAUUAUUAUUGGUGGUUAGGUCGUGGACUACUCUACUUAUAAUUUAAUGAUUUUAUAAUAGAACUAGCAGUGAAGUUAGGGUCUAAUCUAAUUGACCGAGCUGAACUGAACUGAACUUAUCUUAUCUUAUUCGAGCUGAGCUAAACUGAGCUGAACUAAACUGAAAUUAAGCUGAAGAGAACAGACCCUUAAGAUUUUAAAGACGGAGUGUCAAAGUUUAAUAUAUGAGUAGUACGGGCUGUAAGAUUAAAACUAUACGGACAGUGUCAAAAUUACAACAAUUGGGAAACAAAGGUGGUAUUGCUGUAAUGCUUGCUGAUAUUGAUGUAUGAAGUAUAUAAUACACUCCUUGUAUUAGAAAACGUGCAGUCUGCUUAUUAAUAUCUAGCUUAUGUAUUGGGUUAUCUUCUACUCUUAGUAACAAUCAAUUCAAACCCAAUAUAAGUACCUUAAUUGUGCAUUAAAAGAUGGUGGGAAUAAGAGCAGAAAUAGACGAUGAAACACAUGAGAGAAAAAGAGGUGAGUUUGAAUUCCCAAAUGAAAAUUUGGACGAAUCACAAGUUCUUGAUUCAUCAUAUGAUUACAAAGGAAGGAUUCCUCGUCGAGCUUCAACUGGCUCAUGGAAAGCAGCCUUCUUCAUCAUAGCAAUCGAGUUCAGUGAGAGGCUCAGUUACUUCGGAAUAGCACCAAAUAUGAUAACUUACAUGACAAAAGUGAUGCACCAAGACCUGGAAACAGCAGCCAACAGUGUGAAUAUAUGGUCAGGAGUUGCCACAGUUAUGCCAUUGCUGGGUGGGUUUCUAGCAGAUGCGUAUACUGGUCGGUAUUUCAUGAUUCUUUUCUCUGCCAUCCUCUACGCACUGGGUUUAGGUGUAUGGACCAUGUCCCAAUACGUCCCAAGCUUUAAACCUUGUGGUGCGACCUCGACUACAUGCGAGCAUGUUAACAAGGUCCACGAGGUGGUCUACUUUAUAGCAGCCUACCUCGUGGCCCUAGCAACAGGAGGUUACAAGCCAUGCUUAGAGAGCUUUGGGGCGGACCAAUUCGAUGACAACCAUAUGGAAGAAAGGAAGCAAAAGAUGUCGUUUUUCAACUGGUGGAACAUUGCUCUUUGUAGUGGCCUCUUCACUGGGGUGACUUUGAUUGUUUAUGUACAAGACUACGUUAGUUGGGGUCUUGGGUUUUUAAUCCUAGCCAUAACUAUGGUAGCCAGUGUCUUGGUUUUUGUUCUUGGAAGGCCUUUUUAUCGAUAUAAGGCCGUGGUUGGUAGCCCCUUAACCCCAUUGUUGCAAGUCUUGGUUGCUGCCGUGGCCAAAAGAAAUCUAGUUUGUCCAUCAAAUCCGUCCUUGUUGUAUGAUGAAGCUCCCAAUUCGGGGGACCUCAAAAGCGAGCGUUUAGGUCAUACAAACAGACUCAGAUUUUUUGACAAAGCUGCUAUAAUAGACAAUCAUGAAAGUAAUGAAGUACAAUGGAAGAAACGAAGUCCAUGGAGGCUAGCAACCGUGACACAAGUGGAGGAAUUAAAACUCGUAAUAACCAUGGUUCCCAUAUGGUUAACUUCCUUGGUGUUUGGCAUCGGCGUUGCACAAGGCACCACAUUCUUCAUUAAACAAGGAAGUGCAAUGGAUAGGAAAAUUUCCAAACACUUUGAAAUCCCAGCAGCUUCUAUGGCCACCCUAAUAGCCAUAGGAAUGAUUACAACAAUUGCCUUUUACGACAAAGUCCUACUCCCAUACUUAAGGAGAGCCACAGGCAACGAGAGAGGCAUCAACAUCCUUACAAGAAUUGGUAUUGGUAUGGCUUUCUUAAUUGUUGCAAUGUUGACAUCAGCCUUGGUUGAGAGGGAACGAUUAAAAGCGUCGCUAGAAGGGAAAAUCAUGAGCGUGUGUUGGCUAGUGCCCCAAUUCUUGAUCCUCGGUAUAGGGGAUGGGUUUUCCCUAGUAGGAAUGCAAGAAUACUUCUAUGAUCAAGUUCCUGACUCAAUGAGGAGUUUAGGAAUGGCGCUUUACCUAAGUGUUAUCGGUGUUGGGAGCUUUAUGACAAGCUUUUUGAUUACUAUUGUGAAUCGUGUGACUACUAUGCAUGGAGGAAGUAAAUGGAUAGGGAAGGAUUUAAAGCAUAGUCGUCUUGAUUAUUUUUACUGGUUAUUGAUGGUCAUUUUUGUAUUGAAUAUGUGUAUUUUUGUGUUGUUGGCUAAGAAUUAUAGAUACAAAUCUGUUCAAAGAAGCAAAGAAGUUAUUGUAGAUGAUUUUGAUUCUUGUGAUGGCGAGAAGAAAUUGAGAUUGGGUGGUGCUUAAAUUGAAUUUAUGUAAGUUGACAUGCUCAGUCACAUAUAUGAUAUAUCGAUAUAUGUUUGGUAAUUAAAAAAAAUAAAAAGCAAAAUAAUUUUUUUAUUAUUACAUUUUAUA